AUAGUGGAUUGUGAUUGGAUGGAAGGAGUUCAGAUGUGAAUAGUUGAUUGUAAUUGGCUGGAAGGAGUUCAGGUGUGAAUAGUGAAUUAACGUUUCCAUUCCAUGAAAGUGAAGAACAGUCUGCAGGAAGUAGAUGUAUCAGUAUCUAAGUCUACCAUAAAGAGAAGGAUACACAGGGUUCACCACAAGAUGCGAACCAUUAAUCAGCCUCAAAAAUACGAUUUUGUCCAAAAAACAUUGAAAGACGCCGGCCCAGUCCUGGAACAGCAUUCUUACAGAUAGACAACAACCCAAAACAUACUGCUGAAGCAACCCAGCAGUUUUUUAAGGCAAAAAAAGUGGAACAUUCUACAAUAGCCAAAGUCAAUCACCAGAUCUCAACCCAAUCGAGCAUGGACUUUAGACAAAACUUAAAGCAGAAAGACCCACAAACAAGCAACAACUGUAGACAGCUGCAGUAAAGGCCUGGAAAAGCAUCACACAAGAGGAAACCCAGCGUUUGGUGAUGUCCAUGGGUUAGAGACUAAAGGAAGUCACUGCCUCCAAAUGAUUCUCAACAAAGCAUUAAAAACAAACAUUUUAUCACCAGUAAUGUUCAUUUGUAAAAUUAUUUCUGAGCCCUUGAAAUGAGGUGACUUUGUAUUAAAAUGGCCGCAAUUCCUAAAUGUAAUUCCGUUCCUGUCACAGUCCCCAGUGCUCACAGCAUUUGUUUUGCACUAAUUGCGGGCACGUGUGUGAGGUAAUACAUGCUACAUGUGUUACGAAUUCACUCUCACACCCUUCACGCAGAGUCGUCCUCAGUCAGUGAGUAGUACUAAAUGUUUUGCUUCAUAAAAUGGUUUGAUUUCAGUCUGUAUGUCUGUGUACACCAUGUGGCGUGACGUGACGUGUUUUAACACGUGUCCAGACACCACCCUCAGGAUCACACUUAAAAGCGAGCACAAAAAUGAGCGAAGACGUCAUGCACAACGCAGUCUCGGGCGGUUCUCACCUGAUUGUUCAAGAGUAAACCGGUUUCCCUGCCGCUGUGGUUCGAUGUAUACUAACGUUAUAUAGCAGACCAAAGGACGAGAGACUGUUCCUCAGAGACCUUCAGAAACCCCAACAAAGAGAAGCCCAGGACACUGCACUCAACAGAACAUUGAUCUCCUCUCAUCCCCGGAAGUAAAUGAGCUCCAGCAGAUCAGCUACAGUAGUCAUGGAGCCGGGCUCAGCGUUAAAAGCAUUCCUCCUAAUCUCGUUCCUCGGAGCGUCUGCUGCCUCCAGCUCCACGGCGAUCGUAAACGGUUCGACUCGGCUCGCCUGCAACACGCCCUGCCAUGGUGACAUCACUGUUGACUAUGCGUACAUGGGGUCCAAGAUUCUGGUGAUCAGGUGUGAGCAGGGCUCGUGCCACACAGGUGACGCUUUUAAAAACCGAGCACAGAAGUCUGCCGUGUCCUCCAUUCACCUGAAUCCCGUGUUGUUCAGCGAUGACGGCAAUUACAUCAUCUCCUGCAAUAACACGUGGUUAUGCCAACAGAAGCUGGAUGUAAUUGCUCCUGUUCCAGUGAACGCAGCCGUCGGAGAGAACGUGACCAUUCAGCUCUAUGCCCGCACCGAGAAGAACAUCACCGAUAAGGACAUCGUAUAUCAGUGUGAAAAAGACGCCAAUCCGGUUGUGAAGCUUCAGAAAGGGAUCGUGUCUUACGGUACUGGGUAUGAAGGACGUGUCUCCGUCUCGUUGGACCAGUACAGAAACGGAGAUGUGUCUCUGACCCUCCUGAAAGUCCAGGAGACUGACGCAGGGAUAAUCCGCUGUACACACAGACACGAGGAAGCCGUUCAGCCCGAGGCGGUCGAUCUCACGGUCACAGUCUCCACGUUGACCACAAUGCCACCGAAAGCUCUUGAGAAGAAAGCAUUGGAGGAGAAGACCUGGCCCUGGUGGGCGAUUCUGCUCGAGAACAUUUUUCUUCUACUUCUACUUCUCUGUGGUUAUCUACUAUUUGGAGUUUGUCAGAGAAAAAGGAAGAAGCAAAGACAGAUCUCAGCAGUGAGCGAGAGUCUCUGGCUUCAGUCGAAUGUUGUUUAGAAGACCGUAGACCUCCGCUGGUAAACCGUGGAUUUCUCCGUAGAAUCCAUGGUUUUCUGCAUUUGAGGCUAAACAGGGAAUAUACUUGUGGCGACUCCUAAUGGGAGAUGCUUCUCUCUCUCUCUCUCUCUCUCUCUCUCACUCUCUCCUUCUCUCUCUCACUCUCUCUGUGAAUGAAGGUUGUUGUCUGUAAGACGUCACUUGUGUUACACUUCAACUUUAUUUCUUACAAGAAGCAAAUUUUUCACAAUAUUACCCUAACACUUUGGAGAACUGGUGUGAUGAAGAGAAAAAAAUGUAUUUACAUUAUUUUUUAAUAUAGAUAUAAGAAAAUAUUUAUAACUGUUACACUGAAAUUAUAAACGCAACACUUGUUUUUGCCCCCAUUUUAAUAAGCUGAAC